CGUGUGGGAUAGUUACUUAAGGCAUCUUCUUACUUUUGUCAGCCUUGCUACUGAAUCCUAAGCUGCCACCUCAGCCCUUUUUGUCAUUUUCUUUAAAUACGUCGUCGUUUUAUCGUAACCCUACAUACGUGGUAUAUCUUUUGUAAGAAGGGAAGAAUUUUGAAAAAAGGAAAACAUACGAACCCAAAAACAAUUAAACAGUUCCACCGAAAUUCCUCAAUUGGUUGAAAAAAUUUCAUAAUCGGAGAGUGUUUCCUUCAACAGAAAUUUCAUCCUUAAGCAGAUCUGAAUAGGGUGAAAUUCGCUUUUCACGAUCCAUCCGCCUUAAUUUUUCACAGGGAAAUAAAAAAGGGUUUGUUUUGUUUGUGAGAUCGAAAGAGAUGGCGCAUAGAGUAGAACAGGAUUACGAUUAUCUGUUCAAGAUCGUGCUGAUCGGCGAUUCUGGUGUCGGGAAAUCAAACAUCUUGUCUAGAUUCACGAGGAAUGAGUUUUGCUUGGAAUCCAAGUCCACCAUCGGCGUUGAAUUCGCCACAAGAACUCUUCAGGUCGAAGGAAAGACUGUUAAGGCUCAGAUCUGGGACACUGCAGGUCAAGAGCGGUACAGAGCCAUCACAAGCGCUUAUUACAGAGGCGCAGUUGGUGCACUUCUUGUCUAUGACAUCACCAAAAGACAGACCUUUGACAAUGUCCUGAGGUGGCUACGCGAGCUUAGAGACCAUGCCGAUUCCAACAUUGUGAUCAUGAUGGCCGGGAACAAAUCCGAUCUAAACCACUUGAGAUCAGUCGCUGAGGAUGACGGUCAGAAUCUAGCUGAGACGGAAGGUCUCUCUUUCUUGGAGACAUCCGCUCUUGAAGCCACCAAUGUCGAGAAAGCAUUUCAAACAGUGUUAACAGAGAUUUACCAAAUCAUAAGCAAAAAAGCUUUGGCUGCUCAAGAAGCAGCUGCUGCUAAUUCGGCGAUUCCAGGGCAAGGAACAACGAUCAACGUUGAUGACACAUCUGGAGCCGGCAAAAGAGGUUGCUGCUCUACUUGAUUUAAACGUUUCGAUCUUUUUUCCUCCUCUUUAAAGCUUUUAAGCUUUCGUUUUCUUUUGACUUAAUCUUCUUCCCUCUUUUCUUUUCGAUUUUUUUUUUUUUUUGGCUGAUGAAAUACAAGGAUGCAAGACAAUGUAGAAUACUUCUCUUCAUUUAGUCUUGUCUAACCAUAUUCGAUUGGCUUGUGUUCAGAAAGAAAAAAAAAACUUACAAAAAAAAAAGAACAGGGGAAGAAAAGCUUGUUUGUAUACUUCUCUUCUUUGUGUUUCUCUCUUGAAUUGGUAUGUUCAGGUUCAGUUACCUUACGAAUAUUUGGGGAGAAAACAAUAAGAUGGAAGUAGAAAAUGACUACACACGAUAAAAAAAGGAAGAAGAACGAAGCAUAGAGUGGUCUGUAUUAAUAAUUUGAUUUAGUUCUUUUUUGGCUACUAUCUUUUAAAUUAUCAAAAUUAUAAUAUAUUUAUAGAAAUUUAAUUUUUAUAUAAAAAAAU